AAAUUCACGUUUCUUUGCAUCCAAACUCGCAGUAUUUAGGCAACUCUUUUUCUCUAUGCUUUUUUUCUCCCAUUAACAUCUCCAUACAUCCUUCAUCUCCCAAACUUUUCAGUUCCAUGAUCUUCGUCCUUAUCCCUCCCUUUUUUCUUCCACUUUCUCUGUGUUUUCUCUUAAACCUCACUCCCAGAUCGCCUAUUUAAAUUCCCCCGGAUUUGCUCAUCUCAGUUGUUCUUCAAUAAGAUCAUCACCCUUCGAGCUUGAGAAUUUUCGUUUUCCAUAGCCCAGAAAUGGAGAAUGUUGUGGGGCUGUGUAAGGAAGAAGAGAAAAUGAAUUUGCCUCCUGGUUUUCGGUUUCAUCCGACUGAUGAAGAGCUUAUAAGUCAGUACCUGUACAAGAAGGUCACUGAUUCCAACUUCUCAGCUAGGGCCAUUGGGGAGGUGGACUUGAACAGGUCUGAGCCUUGGGAUUUGCCAUGGAAAGCCAAAAUGGGAGAAAAGGAGUGGUACUUCUUCUGCGUGAGAGACAGAAAAUACCCAACUGGUUUGAGAACCAACAGGGCCACUGAAACAGGAUACUGGAAAGCCACAGGGAAAGAUAAAGAGAUCUACAGAGGAAAAUCGCUGGUUGGAAUGAAGAAAACUCUGGUUUUCUACAGAGGAAGAGCACCCAAAGGAGAGAAAACCAACUGGGUCAUGCACGAAUACAGAUUAGAGGGUAAAUUCUCCGUCCACAACCUCCCUAAAACCGCGAAGAAUGAGUGGGUGAUAUGCAGGGUUUUUCAAAAAGGUUCGAGUGGUAAGAAAACCCAUAUUUCUGGGAUGAUGAGGCUGGAUUCUCUUGGGAAUGAAUUGGGUUCUUCUGGCUUACCUCCAUUGACAGAUUCGUCACCUUUCCCUGGCAACAAAACCAAACCUGUCGCAGAAUCGGCUUACGUGCCCUGCUUCUCCAAUCCAAUCGAUGCUCAGAUCAGAAACAACCAAGGAGGGAUCUUUGAUUCCUACAGCAACUUCCCUAAUUAUGGGGUUUCUUCGAAUCCCUCAGACACCCUUCCCAGAAUCCCAAUUUCUGGUUCGUUAUAUUCCACUCAACCACAUCAAGCUCCUUCAAGUUUAGCCCUACCCAAUUCUAUUUAUGGCCUGCAAGACCAGACCCUCCUCAGGGCCUUGCUUGAAAACCAAGAAUCAAACAGGAACAAUUUCAAGCCCGAGAGGGACAUGGUCAGUGUGUCCCAAGAAACAGGUCUUACCACUGACAUGAACCCCGAAAUCUCCUCGGUCGUGUCGAAUCUUGACAUGAGUCGCAGAACCUUCGACAAUCAGCAGCCGCAACCAACUGCCUCAUCUGCAGCAAUGGACUAUGAAGGUUUGUGGACUUACCGAGUUUAAAUUUAGGAAAGAAAGCAAGACAAAAGAUGAAGAGAGGAUGACAAAGAAAGAGCUCUCAGUCCAGUCGUUACCGUAUAUCAUCUGAAAUUGAUCUAGCUAAGUCUAUGUGCGUAGGAAUAAGUACAACUGUAAUGAAGUAAUGAUGGUGAAAACUGAAAUAUCCCGUCUGUUUAUGUUGGCUGUAAGAAAACUUGUGAAGUAAAAACUGUUUGUGAUUUGAUGUUUAGAAGGAUUUUUAUAAAUCAAGGGUUGGUUUGAAAAUCAUGCUAAGAUUGAGACUCAGUAGUAGUACGAUCCAGCUCAUGCUGAAACUUGAGAGCAAGAACAUUAUGACUUUUCAUUCUAGUAAUAUUUUAUAGAUCAAACAGUGCAUUUGUGGGGAC